GAAAUAAUAAAGAAACAGACAGAUUUUGGCAUCCACCGGGGAUUGUGCCGGUAUUAGAAGAAUUACCGAAAUGGGGGUUGUUGGCUGAGAUAGUUAACGAGAUAGAACUCGAAAUUGAGUCGUUAUCAGGCCUCCCAACUUCUGAUGAAGAAGAGUCAAAUAAUAUUAUUUUGAUAAUGGUCCAAAAUGAACGUGAAUGUUCUCAAUUACGUGAAUACCUUUCCACAAUGCAUAAAGGAUUGGAAGAAGGCCAAGGACGUGGCGGACCUUUAUUACGACGAUUACUGCAGAACUAUUUCAAAUGGAAGGGUGAUAUCGCCAAAGUAAGCGAGAAUUUGUUUAAUUCAUCGAAAGAUAUUGACCAAAGUGAGGGUAGUCAAGAGAGCAAUAAUAAAAAGGCAACGUCUUCAG